UGCGCAGUGCCUGAGUUCAAUCAUGAACGAUGGAGGCGAAUGUUUUGAUGGAGCCUAGGGUUAAAGUAGCUCCGUUUUUUCGUUAUUUUUCUUAGUGCAUGAAAUUGUAGCCGCUGCAUCAGUUGGUGCUGUAUUAUACGCAAUACCAGCUCUGAGAGGAGUAUAAUUUGACAAAGGUGACAGAGGAUAAUUGUAGUAUUUUCAUUUGCCGCGGCGGCCUGGCUAAUGUUAGCUAAGUCAGCUAUCUGUAGUAGGGGCAGUCAUUUCAUUUAAAGUGGUCGCUACAAGGCCCUUCUGAUACUGAUUUCAUGACCAUACAGCUCCCAUUGGGAUGAUUUUAUCAGCAGUGUUUCUGCAUUUUGAAUAAAGACCAUCUCACCUUGCCGUUGGAAGCAGUUUUUCGAAAAAUAAAGCUAACGUUACGGCGUCUUGAGCUCUAUUCGAGGGAAGUGGUUCUCCAUGUCCACGAGUUACUGCAGCGUAAUAAUCUUCAUUAGUAAAAACCUCAGCAAACAUGUCUCUAGUCGCCUAUGGUAGCAGUGAUGAUAGUGAUUCAGAAGAAACCUCCAGCUCUGCUGCCCCUGAGAACAGAUCCGGUUCAGGUGGGCUCUUCUCUGUCCUUCCUGCUCCUAAAAAACCCGGAGCAAACGAUGGACCAAGCAACGAGACAAAAGCAGAGCGUUUGGCAGGAGACAGCACAUCAAACGAUGACCUAAAUCCACAGCCAUUUAAAGGAGGCUUAUUUUCUAGUCUGCCUAAGCCGAAGAAACGAACAGAGCCUGUCAAGAUCACUGUCCCUCAGAUCCAGAGACAGGAUUCUGACUCGGAUGAUGAUGAACCAGCAAAGAAGAAACUACAGUCUCAGGGUGGAGGUUCAGGCUUGUCUUCCCUCCUACCACAACCCAAAAACCUGACAGUAAAGGAGACAGACAGAGCCCUAAUCCCUCAUGCACUCACCAAACGCCAAGAUCCUAAAGGACCCAAACCAGGGGCUCCUUCUCAGGGUCUGCUUGGUUCUAGUGCAUCUCCUUCUGCAAUCAAAGCUGCGGCUAAAUCAGCUGCCAUGCAGCUCGCUCGACAGAUAGCCACUGACGACCAGGAUGAAGAGGACAUAUCCCCACAGAACUACUUCUCCCUAGAAGAGAGCCCCCAGCCUCUUCCUGCUGUCAUCCCAAGCUUAGACCCUGAACCAAGGGUCCUGACAGAACCUCUUCCAUUCAGUGCUGCUGAUGAGCUGGGCCAGUCAGAUGCCCCCCUAGACUUUGGCGGGAAUCAUGAGGGAGGUGGUGCAUGGGGAGGUCAGUAUCCUCAGUACCAGCAGUCGAUGGCAGGCCCAGAGGCUUUCCCUCAGCAGGGAUACUAUAAUGAGCCAUACUACCAAGAUCCAAACCCUGGACUGGCAGAGGCUGAAGAGCCUGGUCACUCUGCUGUGAUUGAUGAUGAAGCGUUUAUGAGGUUGCAGGGGAAAAGGAACCGAGGCAAAGAGGAGGUGAAGUUUCUGGAGAUCAAAGGGGACGACCAGCUGAGUGGAAACCAGCAGUGGAUGACCAAGAGUAUGACAGAGGAGAAACAGACUCGUCAGUCUUUCAGCAAGAAAAAAGGAGAACAACCCACAGGACAACAGAGACGCAAACACCAAAUUACAUAUCUCAUUCACCAGGCGAAGGAGCGUGAGCUGGAGCUGAAGAACAACUGGGCCGAUAACAAGCUAACCCGCCGGCAGACCCAGGCUAAAUACGGUUUCUAAAUGUCAAACUGUGGACUUUUGGUGGCAUGUGGAAAACCCAUGACAGAUGUUAGACUAGACCUGUCCAGACCUCACCUCCAGACAAGGAAGAGAACGUACACACACGUUCAGACUUUCCCUCCAUCCUGUAUUUGUGUUCAAUACUUAAUAUUCCGUAGUUUCUUUUGAUGAGGUGUUCCCCAGCAGAUACAUUAUCCUGUCAUUAUUUACAGUACAAAUACAGUGAUUUCACGUAUUUUCUAAAAUGGACUGUACCGAUAUAACAUUGUAACAGUGUUUUUAAGGUACCUUUGGUGAGUCUGGUACAGACGAUGUAAAUUGACUGAAAAUGCCCGUUAUAAAUGUUUUCCUUUUGAAUGUGUGUGCUCCCUGUUCAUAUUACAGUGGAUUUUGAUGUAUGACUCCUUCUUUUGUGAUAAACAGAUAUAUCUAAGCACAUUUGUUUCUCUGGUAAAUAAAUAAAGCGAUGAUGGAAUUAUUUGGCAGCUGUGAUAUUUUAUUUAUACACUGAGCAGCAACUCUCAUUUAAAAAGGCUGUCAUUAUGACUCACAUUAAGGUGCAGAUCAUGUUAGUUUUCUUUUUUUAAAUGUUAAAUUGUUAUUUUAAAGUUGUCAGUUCCAAGUCUAUAAAGUGAAAUUACCAGAGAAUCAAAUAUGCAGUUUGUGUUCACUCAUUUUAAGACAAAACAAGAUUUAUUUUUUAUUUUAGAGCCGUAAAAUUCACGAGUCAGUGAUUAGUAAGAACACUCCAAUCCCCUUUAAAUCGUAUUAUUAAAGUUCUUGAUAUGUUCAUACAGUUUUCUGCCUCUGCUUUUGGUCAGGUGUGUUAGUUUUUACAGUUUCCAUCUUGCAAACCAGUCUUUUUAUAUUUUUUUUCUCAUAUGUGGCUCAGAUCUGUUUUUUCAUGACCAUGUCAACAUGUAUAGUGGAUCUGUUUCAUGUUUAUAGAGUCGACGCACAAAGAAUUGCUCCUAGUGAGGGAACAUGGGUGUUUUCUGAGAAUUUAAGUUAAUGAUAAAUCCUAGUAAAGAUAAUUAAGAUAGUGCAGUAAGUUAAAAACUAGUAGGAAAAGAAGUUUUAAGUGGCUGAAGUCUCUCAAACAGAGAAAAUGGAGGAAAGAAAGAGGCAGGUUGUUAAGAGUAAAUGAAAACUAAGACUAAAACUAAAUGUAGCAUUGAUAAAAUGUAUUUGUUAACUGAAACUAAUA